CAGACUGCCCGCCCCCACCCCCAGAGGAUCCGUGUCGCUUUGGACUUGAAUGAGGUGGAGAGGCAGCUUCGAGCCAGACAGAUCAAAAGUAGGAACACCUCCUGUCUGCACGAACCACCACCGUCUCCCAACUCCGGAGGGCAGGUGGGGGGGGGACGGACAGAAGGCAGCUGCAACAGAAGACCCCCGUUAGCCACAACCUAUCUGCACCAGACACGCACCCCCGACAUCAGAACCAGCGCUGGAAAGCCGGAGGUGUCAAAUUCGUUUUUUUUUCCCGUCGUCGGUUUUUGUAUUUAAAUGUACAACUUCAUGGGUCUGAAUAGCACAGCAGCAGCAGGAUCUGUCCAGCCCAAUGUCUCCUGCACAUGCAAUUGCAAACGAUCGUCGCUGUUCCAAAGUAUGGAGAUCACCCAACUGGAGUUUGUGCAGAUCAUUAUAAUCGUGCUGGUGAUGAUGGUGAUGGUAGUGGUGAUUACAUGCCUGCUCAAUCACUACAAGCUCUCAGCACGCUCCUUCAUCACCCGACACAGCCAGGUCCGUCGGCGAGAUGAGACUAUGUCCUCGGAAGGAAGUCUGUGGCCUUCGGACAGCUCUGUGCCAACGAACAUAACGACAGAGCAACAGAUGUACACUCCGCGUCCCACUGACAGGCUGACAGUGCCGUCGUACCUGCAGAGGGACAGAUUGAACCGCUUUCAGCCCACCUACCCCUACCUGCAGCACGAGAUCGACCUGCCCCCCACCAUCUCGCUGUCGGACGGGGAGGAGCCGCCUCCCUACCAGGGGCCCUGCACCCUGCAGCUGCGGGACUCCGAGCAGCAGCUGGAGCUGAACCGAGAGUCUGUCCGCGCCCCGCCCAACCGCACAGUCUUCGACAGUGACUUGAUCGACACCUCCCUGUACGGGGGACCCUGCCCCCCCAGCAACAACUCGGGCAUCAGUGCCACCUGCUACAGCAGCCAGGGCCGGAUGGAGGGGCCGCCGCCCACAUACAGCGAGGUCAUCGGGCACUACCAACCCGGCUCCACGCUUUACCAUCACCAUAGCAACCACCCCGGGACGCCUCCCCUCCUGCACAGCAACAGACUCAACCAAUCACAGCUCAGUGGCCUUGAGAGCACGAACGCACGCAACCAAGAGAAGCAGAAAGGGCACCCUGUCUGAAACCACGGCAACAAACUCCUUAAACACUGUCUGUGCACUUCAUUUAAAUAAAGGGGCAGAGUCCCAGGCCCAGGCUCCACCCCUGUUGUAUAAAGUAAAUAUUUCCUUGUUCUGUGUCGUCCGAGUGCUCACAGCUUUGCAAGUUGUUUUUUUUUUUU